CGUCUAUCAAACAGCCAUGUCUAGAUUAUGGGUCAGAUAGAAGACCAGCUGCUUUAAUCCGUUGAUUUCAGUGGAUUUAUUUUAUAGAUAUACCUUUGGAGAUCUGUGUCGGGGGUAUUCCAGACACCACAGAGGGACACCGGGACCCUGAACGCCGCACCCGUGGGUCUUAUCCGCGCCUUUGCUCGGUGCGCACCGCGGACAGGAUGCUGUUUAUAAUUAGACGGUGAAACAAUUGACUGAGCGUUUUUUGUCGGGACUAGAAAAUAAAAAAAAAUAAAAAAAAAAAUAGGGUGUUUCCACAACCAGGCUGUCAAACACAGAGGUCCAUAGAUGUGAUAGUGUCUCCGUACGGGCUGUGUUUGAGGAAAAAUGAUGUCAGGAAAGCAUUUCAAGGCUCAUGAAGUGAGCUGCUGCAUCAAGUAUUUCAUCUUCGGGUUCAACAUAAUAUUCUGGUUCCUCGGAGUGGCGUUUCUUGCCAUCGGGUUGUGGGCAUGGAGUGAGAAGGGUGUCCUCUCCAACAUUUCAUCCAUCACAGACCUGGGGGGCUUUGACCCAGUCUGGCUUUUCCUUGUGGUGGGUGGUGUGAUGUUCAUCCUUGGAUUCGCUGGUUGCAUCGGAGCGCUGCGGGAAAACUCUUUCUUGCUCAAGUUUUUCUCGGUUUUCCUGGGUAUCAUCUUCUUCCUGGAGCUGACUGCAGGAGUCCUGGCCUUUGUCUUCAAAGACUGGAUCAAGGAUCAGCUCAACUUUUUUAUCAACAACAACAUUCGGGCCUACAGAGACGACAUUGAUCUGCAGAACCUGAUAGACUUCACCCAGGAAUAUUGGGAAUGUUGUGGAGCUUUCAGUGCUGAUGAUUGGAAUUUAAACAUCUACUUCAACUGCACUGAUUCCAAUCCCAGUCGUGAGAAAUGUGGAGUGCCGUUUUCCUGCUGCACCAAAGAUCCUGCGGAAGAUGUCAUCAACACUCAGUGUGGAUACGACAUCCGAGCAAAAACUGACUCUGAGCAGAGGACCUUCAUUUAUAUCAAAGGCUGCGUCCCUCAGUUUGAGAAGUGGCUUCAAGACAACCUGACGGUGGUGGCAGGCAUUUUUAUUGGAAUUGCAUUACUGCAGAUUUUUGGCAUCUGUUUAGCGCAGAAUCUCGUGAGCGACAUUGAGGCUGUGAGAGAAAGUUGUUUGUUUACCUAAGAUCUCCACUGAAUCUCCAAAGGCAUGAAGGAUGUACCAGGACUCUUCAGUUUGGAUGCCAGCAAAGAAGGGAUGUACGCCAAUUACUGAACGUGUCCAGAAUGAAGAGCCUCAUUUCUUUGUACAUAGUAAAUUUUGAUUUAUUUGUGGCCCCGCAUUUAACUAAAGCACAACCUCUGAGAUGUACUGUGACUCAUUACAUUACAGUUCAAAAGACACUGAACCAAUACAACACAGAUUCUUUGCAGUAGUUGUUGAGAUGAUGAAUUGGCUUCCAGUGGAGGCGUUGAGGAGUGGUCAUAACUUGACCAAUGAAGAUUGUUUUAAUACUUUUAUCUCAGAGGUAGCACUUCUCUUAGAUCAGGGCCGUGGUUUUCUAUGUCUCACAGCUGCAGUUUUUAUCACUGCAUGUAAGGGUUGUGUACAAAGAUCAAGUGAUUCUGGAAAUGCACUGCAUGCCUAUUGUCUACCGGUAGGACAUUGGCUUUCCUAACAGUUUCAUUGAUGUUAAGUAUUUUAAAAUAUUUGUAAAAUAGUCACCAGUGUAGAGAGAAUUGGCUGGUUAGCACUUUGUUGGAUGUUUAAUGGAACCUACUCAAAAGUUGCAGAGAAUGACUUCAGAUUUAUUUCCAUCUGUGAGACGCUCACACUCAUCAUCAGUUUGUACGCAGAGUUUUGUCAGGCUACAGUACUGUAGGUUAAUGUUCAGAUAGAAAGGCUUUGUAGAGGUGUAGUGCGUACAUGUUUUGGCAGUGACAUUAAAAUAAUGUCUAGAUAUUGAAAGAACAAAACUCAGCCUUAAGCACUUUAAUCACAUGUAAGGGUCAUGGAGGUCAUCGCAGUAACAGACAACACAGUUGUUAUGUCAGACUGUUAUUUUAGUCCAGCAGGUGGCCACUGGGGGGAGCACUUUUUUUUACUUGUAAACUACAUCUCUCAUGUCUCGGUGCUCCGUAACUGUCAAAUACAUCUAGACUUUAUUUUUUUCCCCAAAUGCUGCUUUACAAAUAAAGCGUCUCAUUUACAAUAUUUGCACAUUAUCUCACUGUCAAUCAGUGCUUGUUCACUGUCCUCUAUUUUGUCAGUUGUUGCUUUUGUGUUUUCUGUGAUGAAAACUGCCUAAAUGAAGAAAUACCUUUGUUAUUUGUGUGAGAAUUUCCUAUGUUUUAUUUUUCCUAAGUUUCACUGGACAGUUUGGAUACACAUUGUGUUGAAGGCUCAUAAUGGCAUAUUUUUCCACUUUGUGCCUCUCAUGUAUUAUCACAGAUCUAAGAAGCAUCUAAGAGAUAUUUGAAGACUUUAGGAUAACAGCAAUUGUUUGGAGUGAACUUUGAGGAUUUUCUCACCAUCUGGAUGAAUAGUGUUUGAAAACAAGGUAUUAUAAUCAUUUUUAUUUAGAAAUGUUGAUGCUUUGCUCUGUGACUUGGACACAAACUGGGAUUUAGUGGCACAUAAGUGACUGUAGAAAUGAGUUAAGGUCUACAAAAUGCAGUACUUGAAAGUGAAGCCCAUCGGCUCUCUCACCAGCAUUACGUGAAAUGCCAACUGAGAUGCCAUUUGUAUGUACAUUACCUGUGAGCAUGCAUUGAAAUACAAGUAUUGAAGAAAAGUAGCCAUUUAAUAGAAGCAAAGUAAACCUGCAGUAUUUCACUGAUUGUGAAAUCUUUUACAUGAAAUGGAAGAAACAUUAUUUCCACUAAAAACUUUAAAUGAUUGUUUUUGUUUUGUUUUUUUGACCCAUACACUCUUUUUUUUUUUUUUUUUUUUUUUACCACUCAGUGCCAUACAGCGAUAACUUCAUGUUUCUGACUAUAAUAACUUCUUUUGUUUCAUGUAAAUAACUGGAUUGUGGCAAGUUGUAAAUAUAUAUCUAAAAAAUAAAUGUGGUUCUUUCUAA